AUGCCGUCCUCCACUGUUUCAAAUGUUGAUGUCCUUAUCAUUGGGGCUGGGCCUUCAGGGCUCAUGCUGUCAACUUGGAUGGCUCGGUUGGGAAUAAAGACUCGAAUAAUCGACAAGCGCUUCUCCGCCCUCAAUAGCGGCCAAGCCGAUGGGUUGCAAAGCAGGACCUUUGAAAUCUUCGAUUCCCUCGGCAUUGGCCAGGAUAUAUGGCGCGAAGCCACCCAUAUGCUCGAAAUUCGAUUCUGGAAUCCUGACGGCGAAAACAAAUUAUGUCGAACGAACACGAUUGUAGACACCCAGCCAGGGCUGAGCCGGUUCCAGCAGGCCACCAUCCAUCAAGCACAAGUUGAGACCCGUCUCCAAGAAUAUGCCAGGAAGCACAGCGGCAUCGAGGUCGAACGGGGAAUCAUGCCCGAAUCACUUCAGAUCGACACCGAGAAAGUUGAGGAAGAUCUCGCAUAUCCCAUCGAAGUGACCCUCCGACAUCUCCCUCAGGAAGAACCUGGACAGACUGUCCCGAACGGCUCCAACGGAUCCAGCAUCCCUAACGGUAUGUUCCGAAGCAAUCUUCGAGCGGACGGAACGGAAGAUCUGCUAUCAAGCGCGAGAGAAAGUUCCAAGUCGUUUACGGAGACCGUCCGCGCCAAAUAUGUGGUCGGCUGUGAUGGCGCGCACUCCUGGACCAGACGACAAAUUGGGAGUGUAAUGGAGGGUGAACAAACUGAUUUCAUCUGGGGUGUCCUUGACAUAAUCCCCAUCACCAACUUCCCUGAUAUCAGAUACCGCUGCGCAAUCCAUUCUUCAUCCGGCAGCAUGAUGAUCAUCCCUCGAGAGAACAAAUAUGUGAGAUUGUACAUCCAAAUCACUCAAACCGAUGAGAACGGCACGCCGAUCGACAGAUCCAACAUCGAACCCGACAAGCUCAUCACAGCAGCAAAGAAGAUCCUCGCUCCCUACGAUCUCAGCUACAAACACUCAUAUAAUCUCGGAUGGAAGCUUGCCUAUGUUGUUAAAGGUUGGGCGGACCGCUCACUGUUAAAGACCUACAGCACAGAGCGACGUCAGAUCGCCAAGAAGCUAAUCGAUUUUGACCACAAGAUUUCACGCCUUUUCUCCGGACGUCCGGCCAAGGGCAUUGAGGAUAAGGAGGGAAUCGAUUUGCAGACCUUCAAGAAGGUAUUCGAGAAGGGCACCCUUUUCGCCAGUGGUUGUUCGGUUGACUAUGCCCCAAGUCUUAUUGUGAAGAAAUCUUUGACGAUCCCUGAGGAAGAAGCCUCGCCAGUCAAAUCCCACCGAGACUUGGUCGGAAAACAGAGCCUUGCGACCAAGAUACCGAUAGGCAUGCGCAUACCCAGCCAUAAAGUCUUGAAUCAGGCAGACGCCAGACCUUGGCACCUUCAGGAGCUACUGCCUAGCAGCGGCGCCUGGAGAAUUUUAGUCUUCGCCGGGGACCUACAGGAUCCCGCUCAACUUUCCCGCUAUGAAGCGUUAGGCAAGGCUUUGGCCCUCCCCACUUCCUUUCUUCAGAAGUACAGAAUGGAAAAGAAGGACGGCAGCCUCGAGUCGCUCUUUGAGGUCCUCACGAUCCACUCAUCGCCGCGAGACGCAAUCGAACUUCUUUCACUGCCGGAAGUCUUCCAUCCCUUCUCCGAAGAGUACGGUUGGGACUACAACAAGGUAUUUGUUGAUGAGAUGUCGUAUCAUGAAGGACAUGGACAAGCCUACGAGAAUUACGGCAUCGAUCCACGGACUGGCUGCCUUGUCGUGGUACGCCCCGACCAGUAUGUGAGUUGGGUCGGUGACCUUGAGGACGUUGCGGAUAUGGAUAGGUUCUUUUCGUCUUUCCUGAAGGAGCAGACAAAAAUGCCAUAG